CAUUUCCUUUUUGUAAUAUUUUCUUCUAAUAUUUUUUAUGACAUCUCUAGUCAUCUGUAUCAAGAAUGUUACCAAAGAUUACAAGUAUUAUAUUUACUAAUUUUUACAGUGGCUAAUCUAGUCUGUUAGUUGCAAUAUGAAUCUUUCUGAUUCUGUAGUCAAGUUAUAUUUUUUGCUUUUAAGACUUCAUUGAAAGUGUUAACUCAGAAAUAUAACAGCAUAAUUAAAGUCAUUGAUUAAUCAUGUUGAUCAAAGAAUAUCGUAUUCCUUUACCACUAACAGUGGAAGAAUACCGGAUUGCUCAAUUGUAUAUGAUAGCUAAAAAAAGCAGGGAAGAAUCAAAAGGCGCUGGUAGCGGAGUUGAAAUUCUAGUAAAUGAACCAUAUACUGAUGGUCCUGGUGGAAGUGGUCAAUAUACUCACAAAUUUUAUCAUAUUGGCAGUCAUCUUCCUGGUGAGUACAUUAUGUUUUAAAUUUGAGAGAUUUUAUAAUAACUUUGAAAAUACAACUUGCUUUAAUUUUAUAAAAAUAAUUUAAUUCAGUUAACUAUUUUAAUCCAUAAUUGGAUAACUUGAAUUUAGUAGAUUGUAUUUUUAUUCAUCAUAGAUAUUAACAUUGCAUUGUAUGCAUUACAUAUAUUAA